CUCUGUAGUACCGGAGCUCUGGUGAUAAACUCUGCCCUUGACCGAGAGAAAGUGCCCAACCACACGCUGAUCAUCCAAGCGCAAGAUGGAGGCAGCCCUCACUUCAGCGUCCAGACAUCGGUGGUCGUCCAGGUGUCUGACGACAACGACAACGCCCCCAUCUUCAGCAAGCUGGUCUACAACAAGACUCUCAGCGAGGACACGGCAGUGGGCACGAGUCUGCUCCGUCUCCUAGCAACGGACGCCGACGAGGGUUUCAAUGGCGCCGUGCGCUAUUUCAUCAUCGGUGGCGAGGGCAGUCAGGAUUUUCACCUUGACAUGUCCAGUGGAGUUCUCCGAGUCCAGAAGGCUCUGGAUUAUGAAAGAACGACGUCGUAUCGUCUGCAAGUCCAGGCGGAGGAUAGUUCUGUUCUGGCGCCACGCCACGCCAACGCCACAGUGGUCAUAUCGGUCACUGACGUCAACGAUUUCGUCCCAGUUUUCCACGACUCCCCCUACAAGACUUACGUCCAGGAAGGGAUGCCGCCAGGUCCGGUGCCGGUUAUAACGGUCGAAGCGAUUGAUAAGGACUCCGGGUAUAACGGCAUUGUGAAGUACUCGCUACGUGACCUGGAGGACCGCGGUCUUAAAGAUUUGUUCCAGCUGGAGAUAGACUCUGGGGAGUUGACCGUGCUGAAACCUUUGGAUAGAGAAACGACGCCUAUGUAUGUGCUCACAGUGGUGGCCGAGGAUCAGGGCGGUCGUGGACUGACGGGCACAGCUACGGUGACAGUGCUGGUCAAGGACGUCAAUGACCACUCCCCUGUCUUCGAGAGUAACGGCCCUUACGUAGCCCACGUGACCGAGAACCGCGUGGCUGGCACGGAGGUGGUGAGGGUGUCUGCAGCAGACGGCGAUGAGGGGCAGAAUGCUCACAUCUU